AUGAGCAAAAACGGUGUUGAUGUGUGCAUAUCAGCCCAAUGCUGUUGCAAACUGAUAACGAAAGUCCCGGAAAAACCAGCACCCGUACCAGUUGUGAAACCACGAAAUGCUUGCAGUGAACGUGCGAAAAAACCAGAAAUGAGUUUAUGCGAUUUUUUAAAAUCACAGCCUUUGCCGGACUGGAUAAAAGCCCUGCAGGAUAAUAGUGGUAGGGCGACAAAUUCAAAAGACAAGCAGUGUGGCUCGGUAAGGUCUGUUGCAGCACCAGCUCCAGUAAAUCGUAUUUGUAGUGAACCCACUGAUCUCAGAGCUAAGCAUUCUCAAAACCAUCAACAGGAUAUUCACCAGAGUUCGAACCAACUCCCGUCCGCCGUCCAUGAAGAUCGUAAUAUGUCACAGAUCAUCAUCAAUAUCGGGACGAUGAUAACUAACAGAGUCUGUAAGCAGAACUCAUAUCAGCAGACCGAUCCGGAAGUCCAGACUUCCGUCGGUCCGCCAACCAAACGUCCGACUUCUGCCUGUCCACCAGUUGAAUGUCCAACAUCCAUCUGUCCUAAAGCCGAAAAAUCGACCACUGACUCACCGCCGGCUGAACAUCCAACUGCUGUCAUUCCCCCCAAAGUCCAACCACUUGUGAUUGGAUCUAUUCCGGUAUCACAGGACCAUUCCUGUCGAUACCAGGGCAACCCAUCGUCAGCUAUUUCGAGCACGGAACAGAAACCCUUUUCCGAACCCAAAAUUAAGUCUAAGAUGAACUGUUGUUGUACUUGUCACUCGAACGUAUAA